AUGUAAUCUCAAGAUGAAUACAUCAGUUUGCCAAAAGUCAAACCUAACAAAAUCGAUAAUUAGGAAAUAGAUUUGCACUGGAAGAAUCUUACAGUAACAGUUAGAAUGGUAGAAUUCUUAUAUUUAUAAUUACAAUAGGAAUAAUCUAAGAGACCAAAAGUAACAGAUCCUCUAUUAGGAUCAAUUGAUGAAAAAAUCAUUCUCAAUGAUGUCUCAGGAUAUGCAAAAGCAGGUCAAAUGACUGCAAUUAUGGGACCAUCCGGUGCAGGGAAGACAACCUUGGUCGCAUUAUUGAGCAAAAGAUAUAAACCUGGACCAAACACUACUAUCAGUGGAGAGAUCUUAGCAAACAACAGUAAAUAUAAAAGAUUCAAUGAUUUUGGUGCUUUUGUGAUCUAGGAUGAUUUGUUGAUGGCAACGUUGACUGUAAAAGGUAUUUAAUUUUGAUGAUGUCAGAAACAUUAAUGUUUGCAGCCAAUAUGAGAUUGAAGGAUGAUUUAGCAUAAAGAAUGUCUAGAGUUGAUUAGAUAAUCAAAGAUUUGAAUUUGAGAGGCUGCUAAAAUACUUUGGUGGGAGAUAACAUCAUCAAAGGCAUUUCUGGAGGAGAGAAGAAAAGAACUUCCAUUGGUAUGGAAUUAAUUAGCGAUCCACCUGUGUUAAUCCUGGAUGAACCAACUUCAGGCUUAGAUUCCUUUACUGCAUUUAUUUGUAUGAAUAUUCUCAAGAAGAUCACAAUUAAGUAUUAAAUUUUAAAAUUAAAUUUAGUCAAAAAAGGACAGUCAUUUUUACAAUACAUUAACCAAGCAUAGAUAUAUGUCAAUUAUUUGAUCGUAUGAUCAUCUUAAAUAAUGGAUAAACAAUCUAUCAAGGGAAUUAUGGUUUUCUAUUGGAUUAUUGCAAACAAGUUAAUUUGAAUGUAGAUAUCCAUUCAACUCCUUUAGAUUCCAUAAUGAAUAAUCUUAAUGAGGCUUUUAAUCAAGGAGAUAAUAAAGUCACUCAUAGCAAUUACAAAAUAUAUCUAGAAGAAGAUGUACUGAAAUUCCAUUCCCAAUAUCAAGGGUUUGAUAAAAGAAGAACCUAAACAUCGUUCUGUCAAGAAAUGAAUUUUCUCAUGAAAAGAUAAUUCAUUAACUAUGUUAGGAGUCCUAAUUUAUUAAGAAGUAAAAUAUUUGGAUCAGUCUUCAUGUUGUUAUUCUUGGGAUGGCUAUUUUGGUAAGUGGGAAAAGAUCAACCUCCCCAAGAUGAAAACGUAAGCAUUGAUGAUCUAAGCAAAUACUUAAACAAUAUGAGAGGAGCUUGUUUUGUUUGUGGAACUUCUGCGAUAUUUUCAGCCCUAGGACCGUUGUUAAUGUUAUGUAUAUUAAUUCAUUCUAUUUUAGUCCCGAUUGAAAGAAACAUUUUCUUAAAAGAAGAGAACUCUAAGAUGUAUAGAGUCUCUUCCUAUUUCUUGAGUAAGGUUUUGUUAGAAGUACCCAUGAAUGUUUUUAUAUAAAUCUUAUUCUCAAUAGCAUUAUAUGCUGCUUUUGGAUUUAUUUGGGAACUUGAGAACCUUAUACUCUUUACUGUUAUAAGUGUUUCUGUCUCUUUAAGUGGCAAUGGAUUAGGAAUGUAUGAACAUCAACAUUAUCAAUAGAUUUACUGGAUGUUUAUUUAAGGAUGCCAAAUAAUCUGCUUCCUUAGGACCAAUACUCUUGAUUCCACUUUAAGUAUUCAGUGGGCAAUACGCUAACUUGGCUUCUAUUCCUAAAUUUAUUAGUUGGGUCCAAUACAUUUCAGUAUGAUGUUUGUCAUAUACUUAGCCAUUUAAAUAUUUCUUAGAAGGAUUCGGGAGGACAUAAUUGAAUGAUGCCAUAUUUCAUUUGGAUCCUACAGGAGUUGAAUUGUCUCCCUGGAACUACUAUGGCAUGCAUUUUGGAAUGUGGAAUUGUGCCAUAGUUUUAAUAUCUAUUGCUGUUAUGUUUCAUGUAUUUGGUGGUAUCUUUUUAAAACUCUUAGUCAAUAAAAUUAAUGUUUGA